AUGUUCAAUGCACCGUCCUCACAAGACCGCCAUACUCCAUCAGGUAUGCGGAAAAGAGAGCUGUGCUUGCGCACAACACGAGUCCCCAAGCUCGCAGUAGGUGAAGUAUCACGCGGUAGGCCUUCUGUGCUCAAGGCUUGGAAACCUCGCUCAUCGGAUAAGCAGCCAUCUUCAAUCAUUAAGACAGCAAUGUCAGCCAUAAUACUGGAAUCAACAGAUGACAGGCAGAUUCCCAAGUUCAUCUUAGACAUCGCCAUGACGACAGAAACGUCGUCCCUUACCAGCAAACCUGUACCCUUCUUGAAAAGGUUUGCCGCAAUGGAAGCCGUCACCUUCGAGUCCAAACCGUUGAAUGGUUCAUCGAGACACAUCAAGAAACGGCAGCGAUCUUCGAGGCGCUCAUUAGCCUUGCUGAAGACCAAGUAA